AUGACGGGUAGUGGUCCCGGGCGCGGAACCGAAAUCUUAACCGUUCGACACCGCAAUGACAGUACCGGUAAAGGGCGAGGGAUUUUCAUAGAUAGUAGGCUAGUGGACAUUGUCGUCGGCUACUACAAAGGCUAUGGCUUUAGUGUAAAGUCGAAGAUUGUUCACCGAUUCUUACCGCGUGAACCGUUUGUGGAAAUCUUGCAAAUGUACCAUAACGGUCAGAAAGACUUUGAGGCUUGGUUAUGGGAACCGAGAGGGAGGGAUAAAGUGAAUACCGACGAGGAUAAUGACGAUUUUGACGACGAAGGUCCGGAAUGUGAAUCAGAACCGUUAGUCGAUGAGGCCGGGGACGAUGAGUUUGAGCGUGAUAUGAAUCCCACCGUGGAAGAACAACUACCUAAACCGGCGUCGACCAAUAUCGAUAGCUUCUGGGAUACGAAUCGCGUUCGAUAUACACUAGAACGGGCGACCGAGUAA